GUCGUUAGUGACAUUUUCUAAGUUAGACAAUAAAAUAACAUACGAUUCAUCAGAAACGUAUUUUCCAUUGGUUAAUGUACUGAUAACAUGUGUUUACUUGUUUUUUCUUAAAUUUUAUCACUGGUUCAUUAAACGUUUAAUUAUUAGUGAUAUUUUAUUAAAAUAAUAUAUCUCCAAUGCCAAGGUCUGUAAAACAUACCGAGGAUGGUAUUGGUUCGAAAAUUGGUCGAAAGAUCCGUUCAGGAUUAGGAACUGUUGUAACGGAUUCACCAGUUCGUCGCAGUACUAGAAAUAAAUUAGUUACAAAACAAGUUAGUUCUUCUUCGGAUGAACCAACACCUGAAACUACACCGGGUACUCGUACUUUCCGUACUCGUGCAGGCACAGUAGACUCUAAGACAAUGGAUGUUCUAAAACGUUUGCGUUCGAGUAAAAAUUCUACGGAAACAGAUGCCGAACAAUCUGCAGAAACACAACCAAAAAUAAUGACAAGAAGAAGUUUAGCAGCAGUGCUUGCUUCUGAAACACCAAAGGCUACUAAUACACGAACUAAACGUUUAACAAGGGCUGGAUCAGAAACAAAAUCUACACCUUUAAGAUCAACUCGUAAAACACGAGCUAGUUCUGUGGGUCCUGAACCAACAGUUAUAGAAUCGGUUGAUGAAAUUCGAAAUGAAAAAAUGGAUACACCAAUAAAAGUAAAAAAAAGGGCAUCGAUAUUACCAUCUCAAUCAACUGUUAUAGAAGAAGAAGAUAAAAUUCCUGUAGUUGAAUUAGAGAAAAUGUUAAUUGAAGUUGAUGAAACAUCUACAGAAUUAGCUACAGUCAAUGAAACAACGCCUGAAAAACUGAAAUCACCUAAAAAACUGAAAUCACCUAAAAAUAAAAAUCAUGAGAAAAUUGAGAGUAUUGAUGAAAUGGAUGAAAUGAAUGAAAAAAAGGAUUCUAAUUCUGAUGAAGGACUAGUUGAUGAUUCUUCACAAAGUAAUCGUACGGAAAUCAGCGAAGCUAAUAAAAAAGAUGCAAUCUCAUUAUCUGAUAGAAUGAGUAUCUCAAAAGAAAGUGAAUGUUCUGCUGUUGUAUUAGUCAAAGAUAUUUCAAAAGAUGAUAAUGCAUUAAAUGUUUCUAUAGAGAAAGACAAAGGAUUGAAUACCAGUAAUAAAGAAAAUGAAUUUUCUAAUGUGAAUAGUUCUAUGUCGGAACAGAAUAAAAGUAUAUUUAGUCCAAAAAGCAUACGUAAAGAAACUUCUACCAUUGUAAUAGAUACAUCAAUGAAAGAAGAUGAAGAUGUAAAAGUCAAUGUAGAAAGCAUUGAUAAUAUAAAAUUAAUUGAUUUCUCUUUAACAGAAUCUUCAAUGGAUUCUAAUAAUAUAGCAAUAAGUAACAGUAAAGUUCACAAUUUAGAGAAAGAAAAUAAACGUGUAUCCGUAUCAAAUACUGAAGAAAUUUCAUCGAAUGAAAAAGAAGAUGAGUCGAAUAUCGUAUCACAUAUAGUGUCAGUAAAUGAAGAAGAAGAAAAAGAUUCCAUACCAAAGGAAAAGUCUAAAAUAAAUGAUGAUGAUAAUAGCAGUCAAAGUAAAACAAUUAUUGAAGAUGAAGACAAUUCAGGAAACAUUAUUGAGAAGAAAAGUGAUGUAAAGGAGACAAAUAGCAAAGAUGAAAUUAAAGAUAAAGCAAAUGUAUCUGUAAAUUCAAAAGAGAUUCUUACAGAUACAUCUGAAAAGAAGGAUAAUUCUAAUAAUGACGUUAAUACAACUGAAGUAUCAAAUGUUAAGAAUGAUGAGAAAAAAUGCGAUGAAACUGCUGAAGUACCAUCUACUAAUAAAAAUUCAUCUUUUACUGAAAAUGUUGAGUGCUCUACCAAUGAUAAUCAAGAUAAUACGUCUUUUGGAUCAUCUAUUGCUUUAGAACUGAGCAAUGAUUCAAGUAAAGAUCCUUCCAAUGAUGCAAAUUCAUCUAAAUGUUCAUUAAAAUUACGAUCUUCUGAACAUUCCAAAUCUAUUUCUGAGAAAAAUGAUUCUUCUAUUAUUAUAGAGUCUCGUAAAACACCAGAAGCAAAGUUAUCCGAUAAAAAGAAAUCUAAAAUAAAAUCAUCAUCAAAUACACCAGUGGUGUCGGAAAAAGAAUUAUUGACUGAAUCCAAUAAAUCAACAGAGAAGAAGAAGAAGAAGAAGAAGGAGACUGUUGUUGAUGAACAAAAUAAUGAAGAUAGUGAUGAAAGUAUUUCAAUUAUAAAGAAAUUGUUCGAAGAUACUCCUGCUGAUAAAUGGAAACAAAAUAGUAAGAAUGUUAAUACUGAAACGGAAAAUAUUUCUGAACAUUCAAAACCAAUAAAAGUGGAAACUGAUAGUGAAACAGACUGUGAUCUCAUUUUAGUAGAUAAAAAAGCAUGGUUAGCUGCAGAAAAAUUAAAAGCCAUCAAAAAUAAAGAACAAUUUGAUUAUGACUCUGACGAUACGAUUAUAUUAAAAACUGAAAUAGAUUAUCUAAAUGAUAAAUUGAGUAAUAAGAAUAACAAAGAAUUGAAAUCUAAGGACAAUGAUAGUGAUUCUGAGACCAUCAAAAAAAAUACAAAAGAAUCUAAAAACAGUUCCAAGCAGUUAAGUAAAGAAAAAGUACAGGAUGAAUUGGAUGAAGUAGAAGAAAAUGCAAAUAAAUCAAUGAAUAAAUCGAUUAUUGAUAAAAGUGAUAUGAAUGUAUCAUCACAUAAUACGUCGAAGAAACAAAAAUCGAAAGAAAAACGAAGAAGAAGCAGGUCUUCAAGUAAUGUUAACAAAAGUGAUCUUUCAAUGUCGUUAGACGAUCAAUUGGAAGAAGAACCUAGUUCACUUUUAUCCACUUCCAAAAAAGAAAAAGAAUGUAAUGAAGAAUUAUCUUUAACACAAAAAGUAUCUGAAAAUGUAGAAACUACAAGUAGGACGGUUGAUGAUGCCAAUGAAAUGGAAGAAAAUCAAUCACAAAGUAAACGUAGACGGUCGUCAUUAGAUAAAAAGCAAAAGAAAAAUCGUUCUUUAAAUAGUUCAAUAAAUAAAACUAAAGAAUCCAAAUUGAAGUUGAGAAAACGUAUUAGAUUAAACGUUUCUUCGAGCGAGGAUGAAGAAAAUAAUGACAUUCCGGAAUGCGAUAUAAAUGAUGAACUUACUCAAUCAAAAUUAGGCAGUGAAAAAAAGAGAUUUAAUCCAAAUUAUUCUACAAUGGUGCACAUUGGUUCAGAUUCUUCAGACUCUUGCGAUGAAAAUAUGGAUUCGAAUAAUAGAAAAAAGACUCCCAGAAGUCCUAAUUUAUCUGAUGAUAAAGAACAGAGUCAAGAGAGUAACGAUAGUGAUGAUGCAUCUGAAGGUAAAUUUUCAGAUAUAAGUAUAGACUCUGAUGUUAGGGCCGAAUACAAUCUUGAUGGUAAAACUAUUGAAAAAUUCUCAGAUGAUGAUAUACCGGGAGAUGAAUGUAGAGCAUCGGAAUCUGAAUUUUCAGAUCCUGAUGAUAAUGGUUCAGAUCUAGCAGAUUUUGUUGUUGAUGAUGAUGAAGUUGAGGAAGAGGAAGAGGAAGAGGAAGAGGCGGAGGAAGAGGGAGAAGGAGAGGAAGGGGAAGAGAAAGAAGAAGAGGAGAAGGAAGAAGGAGAUGAAGAUGAAAAUGAAGGUGAAAGUAAAGAAAUUAAAGAUAAAGAUAAAAAGAAAGAUGAAAAUGAUGAUGAUGAUGAUGAUGAUGAUGAUGAUGAUGAUGAUGAUAAUAAUGAAGAAGAAGAAGAAGUUGAAAUUGAAAUGAAAGUUAUACAGCAGGAGGAAGACAAAGAAAAUGAAAAAGAAAAUACAAAGCUAAUCGAACGUAUGCAAAAAGAGAUAGAUAGCAAGAAUACUACAAUAUCUAUUGAAGAAGAUGAUAAUAAAACAGAUGAGGAGAAAUCAAUUAAUAAAAAAGCAUCUUCAAAUAAAAAAAUGAAUACUUCUGAUGUGAAAAGUGAAAAGAACAAGACGCCAAAGUCAAAAGUAAAUAAACAAGUAAGCUUUUUAGAAUUAGAUAAAGAUAAAAUCGUAUCUGAUACUAUAUCGGAAUUAAAUUCUAGUAGUUCAGGAAAGAAACAAAAUGAAACAUUAAAAGAGAAUAGUGAAGAAGCUACACAAGAAACACAAAAUGAUACAAUAUUAGUAAAAAAGAAUAAAGAAGCAAAUAUCUCAUUAACAUGCAGUACGCCUAAAAUUGAUGUCUCGUCAAAGCCAAAAUUAAAACAUAAUAUUUCUAUAGAGGAAAACGAUAAAACAUGUAAUGAUGAAGUUUUAACAAAUGAGGAACAAGAGAAAAAACAAACAGAAGAUUCAACUGCAAAUAAUUCUGAAAUAAAUACAUCAACAAUGAGCAAUUCUUCAAAAUCUAAUAAGAAAAAAUGGAAACGUCAUAUACCAAGUAAUAAAACAGGUGAUGAACUUAUAGCAGAUGUCAUAGAAUAUGUUAGCGUUGCACCAAUUCCAGAAAUGUUAGUAUCUGAGACCUAUUUGGAUGAUCCAGUAGUACCAUACGAAACACCAUGUACCAGCAGCUUACAUGAAAGUAUUACUAGUUUAGGAAAUAAGGAAAACUCCUUUAAAACAACUAAUGACAAUGACAAUGAACAUCAACAAAAUACUGUAGAAAAAGAUACAAAUGAUCAAACUAUUAGUGCAGAUGUUAUUGAGCAACAAGAAUCAGACUUGUCUGCAUCGACUAAAAGGAAGAGGAAAAGAUCUGCAGAAAUGAUUGAUGAUAAUCAAACUGAUAUGAAAACAAAGAAAAAGAGUAAAAAAGUGGAUAAAUGUACCACUGAAUCAGACAAAAAUAAUCAAAAUGAACUUGAAAUGGAUGAUAGGAACAAAACAAAGGCAAAUAAGAAGAAUAAAAAAGGUGAAAAUACUAAGACAGAAUUGGAAAAAGCAGAUGAUACUACUACUACUACUACUACUACUACUACGAUGAAAAAGAAAAAUGUAGAUAAAAAUGAAAAAAUGGACAUUGUAUGUAGUAAUAAUGAAAGUAAGAACAAGAAAGAUAAAACAAAAAAUAAAUCUAAGAAAAAUCUAAAAAAUCAGGAUAAGAGUAAUGAAAAGCCGUUUAUGAGUGACGUAAAGAAUAAUGACGAAGUAGAAAAAAUACCUAAUAAAAAGAAAACGAAGGUAGUAGCAUCAUCAGAACUUCUUCCAGCAAUGCAAGUAAAGAAAAAAUCCAAAAAAUCAUUACAAAAGAAUAUUGUAAGUUCAAAUACAGAAGAUUCAAUGGAAAAACAAACGAAUAAACAAUUUACUAUUAAAAAGCAUGAAAUUAUAAAAGCUGUCAGACUUGCACUUGAAGAAACAAAAGCUAACUUAGCUUUAAAGGAUAGUAAAAAAAUUAAUCAAAAAGAUCAGUCACCGAAACGAGUACAAGGACAGAAAAAAGAAGUUAAAGUAAAGAAAGAAGAUCAAAUAAUAAACAAGAACACUAGACGAGGAAUUAAACGAUUGUCAAAUGAUGCUAUAGAAAAUCUUUCAGAUAUAUUAGCCAAUCCUUCUAAAAAGCCAAAAUUAAUAAACAAAUCUGUGCAACAAGUUGACAAAUCACAAGUAUCUAUAUCGAAAAAUGCAUUUAGAAUAAGCCCUAUUUCUAAAGAAAAAAGGAUGGCUAUUUCUAAGUCUGGUAGUACAGGAAAUUCUUUUAAAAAGCGAAAAUUAAUAAACAAAUCUGUGCAGCAAGUUGAAAAAUCACAAUCAUCUGUACCGAAAAAUGCAUUUAGAAUAAGCCCUAUUUCAAAAGAAAGGAAGACUGUUUCAAAGUCUGGUAGUACUGCUAAAUUUCAUGUUGUUAAUUUAAAAAAAUCUAAAGAACAAUUAAAAAAUGUUUCUUCUACUGCAGUUACUUUUAGAAAUAAGAUGUUGAAUAGAAAUCCACGAUGUUCAAGUACUUGCUAUAUAACGUACCUUCAGAAACUAAAAGCAGCUAAGAAAGAUAAAUAAAAUCAUUUCCAUCAACAAAAUAUUAUUUUAAUUAAUAGUUUAAAAUAUAAUAAUUGUUCAUUUUGCACAUUUUUACGCUUUUUUUCUUUGGAUAAAAUUUAUUGCUUUUAAUAUGAACAUUAUCAUAAUAGUAAUAUUACAUGUUUUAGAGAAAUACAUAAUUCCAUGUUUUAGACAUACAUCAUAGAAUACAUGAUUCUACUUCAGUUAUUUUGUUUUAUAUCCCGACAAUACAAUAGAGUUUAG